UUCCACGUUGCAUUGCAACAAAAAGGGUGUGAACAACUGAACAUCAAUUGAAAAGCGGAAGAAAUUGUCUUUUGCCAAACAAACGUAGCAAAUCAGGAUACAUAGAUUAUGACGACGGUGGAGAGCAGUUCUGCAACUGCAACUACAAAUUCCAGAUGGUCUCUUGCCGGAAUGACUGCUCUCGUCACCGGCGGCACACGUGGUAUCGGCUACGCUGUGGUGGAGGAAUUGGCAGGGUUAGGGGCGGCGGUGCACACCUGCUCUCGCAACGAGGCUGAGCUCAACCACCGCUUACAAGAAUGGUCUUCCAAGGGCUUCACCGUCACCGGAUCCGUUUGCGACGCAACUUCUCGUCCUCAACGCGAACAGCUUCUACAAAAAGUCUCCUCUAUCUUCAAUGGAAAGCUCAACAUUCUUAUAAACAAUGUGGGAACAAACAUCAGGAAACCUACAACCGAUUACACUCCAGAAGAGUAUUCCAAGCUCAUGUCUACCAAUUUGGAAUCUUCAUACCAUAUGUGUCAACUUUCACACCCUCUUUUAAAAGCUUCUGGAGUCGGAAGCAUCGUGUUCAUUUCCUCAGUUGCAGGUUCUAUUCACCUUUCUUCUGGCUCCAUCUAUGGAGCAACCAAAGGUGCAAUGAAUCAGCUUGCAAAGAAUUUAGCAUGUGAAUGGGCUAAAGAUAACAUAAGGACUAAUAGUGUAGCACCAUGGUACACUAAAACUCCACUUGUCCAACAUUUGCUAGAGAAUGAGGAGUAUUUGGAAAGAAUUGUAUCAAGAACUCCUCUAAAUCGUGUUGCAGAAGCGAAUGAAGUGUCAUCAAUGGUGGCGUUCCUUUGUUUACCUGCAGCUUCUUACAUCACUGGCCAAACGAUUGCUGUUGAUGGAGGAUUUUCGGUUAAUGGUUUCGCAUGAAUUUUGUAAUAGAAUUAGGAAUUUGGUUUGGGUAUCUUAAAGAAAUUUUUACUUAAUGGUAACUGAGUGUUUUAAUUGAUUAUAUAUUUAUAAUAUUGACAUUAAUUGUUAA